UAAACUGAUUUUAAAGCUUUAAAUUUUUAGAGUAUAUAUAUUAUUUGUUUUAUUAAAUGGAUGAACGAUCAUGGAGUUGCUCUGUAUGCACUUAUUCAAAUGCAAGUGAAGCUUUUAAGUGUAAAAUAUGUGAUACAAGAAAAGGAACUUCAACAAGAAAACCUCGUGUUACAGCUAAUAUUGUUGCUCAACAGAUUGCUUCGUCAUUCCCUCUGAUACCAGAUUUUUCAUCACCAAAGUACCAAAAGGCGAACUCAACCUCACGUAGAAACAAAACCAGCUCGUCGGCAAGUCCUUAUCUGAAAUAUGUAGACCAUCGCAGUCGUGUUGACGUUAAUGUAACAGUUGGAGAAGUGACGGUUGUUAUCUCAGACUACAAACUAUUGCCCAAAACUGAAGAGAGUAAAAUAAAUGGAGCUGAUGGAUCUCCAAAUAUAGUUUCUAAUGACGUUGGAGAUGCAGCCAAUAGUCCGUUAGCUAAUAAUGCUGCUGUUACCAAAUGAAUGAUUUUAGAUAAUAUAUCUUAUCACGUGAUUUUCAAAGCUCUUAAUUAAAAUUAAAUUUUAUUAAGUUUUCAAAGAUUUUACAUAUUUUUGAAAAUCUAAGUUUACAUAAUAACUUUAUGGAUUGUAUUUUAUAAUCAGAAGUGUGUUUUAUUCAAUAAAUAAACUUAAUUUACUAUGUAA